AUGGCGGCAUGUCCAGAGCUCACCUUUAACACAGAUCAUGGGUAUUUGGAGGGUCUAGUUCGUGGGAUGAAAGCUGGGAUCCUGACACAGACUGACUAUCAAAACCUUGCACAAUGUGAUACACUUGAAGAUCUGAAGCUCCAGCUGCAGAGCACAGACUAUGGUAAACUCCUGUCCUCGGCUGAUCAGGGCCUGUCUGUGUCUCUGAUGGACUCCAAACUCAGGGAGAACCUCACCGCUGAGUUCAGGUGUCUGCGCUCCAAUGCCCUGCCUCAGCUCUCCACCUUCAUGGACUACAUCACCUACAGUUACAUGAUUGACAAUGUGGUCCUUCUGAUCACCGGAGCGCUGAGGCAGAGGGAGGUGUCUGAGCUGCUUCCACGGUGUCACCCACUGGGCGUCUUUGACCAAAUGGCUGCAGUGGGCAUCGCACGCACUCCUACUGAACUAUACUCCACUAUCCUGGUGGACUCCCCUUUAGGUCAGUUUUUCCAGGAUGCUGUGUCUGAGAGCAGUCUGGAUGACAUGGAGACGGAGAUCCUGAGAAACAAAUUAUAUAAGGCAUUUUUAGAGUCCUUCUAUGCAUUUUGCAAGAGCAUUGGUGGUGCCACUCAAGACGUUAUGUGUCCUGUUCUGGAGUUUGAAGCUGAUAGGAGAGCCUUCAUCAUCACAGUGAACUCCUUUGGGACAGAUCUCAGCAGUGCAGACAGAUGUGCACUCUAUCCCACUUGUGGUAAGCUUCACCCUGAGGGGCUGCAGCUCCUGGCCAAGGCAGAGGACCCUGGACAGAUCAAAGCUGUUGCAGAGUGCUAUCCCGAGUAUAAAGUGGUGUUUGAUGACCCCGAGCCAGGAUCUGAUUACAAGAGCUUAGAAGACAGAUUCUUCGAGCAGGAGGUGAAGCUGAAUGUAUUGGCCUUCCUGCAACAAUUCCACUUUGGAAUAUUUUAUGCCUAUAUCAAACUAAAAGAGCAGGAGAUUCGUAACAUUGUAUGGAUCGCUGAAUGCAUCACACAGAGGCAAAAGUCAAAGAUUAACAGCUAUAUCCCCAUUUUCCAAUGAAA